AUCCUCCUCUCACAGAGAGAUUGAUUUGCUACUGCUCUUACGAAAACCCUAGUUUUCUUCUUCGAUUUCGCUCGAUUUAGAUCGACUUUUUUGUUUUUUGCUUGAUCCAUCAUCCAUGGCGGGUAAGGGCGAGGGACCUGCGAUCGGGAUCGACCUCGGGACGACGUACUCGUGCGUCGGGGUGUGGCAACACGAUCGCGUGGAGAUCAUCGCCAACGAUCAGGGGAACCGCACCACCCCCUCCUAUGUCGCCUUCACCGACACCGAGAGGCUCAUCGGCGACGCCGCGAAGAACCAGGUCGCCAUGAACCCAACCAACACCGUCUUCGAUGCGAAGCGGUUGAUCGGGCGGCGAUUCUCGGACCCGUCGGUGCAGAGCGACAUGAAGCUGUGGCCGUUCAAGGUGAUUGCAGGCCCCGGCGACAAGCCGAUGAUCGUGGUGCAGUACAAGGGCGAGGAGAAGCAGUUCGCGGCGGAGGAGAUCUCGUCCAUGGUGCUGACGAAGAUGAAGGAGAUCGCCGAGGCCUACCUCGGCUCCACCAUCAAGAACGCCGUGGUCACCGUCCCCGCCUACUUCAACGACUCGCAGCGCCAGGCCACCAAGGACGCCGGCGUCAUCUCCGGCCUCAACGUCAUGCGCAUCAUCAACGAGCCCACCGCCGCCGCCAUCGCCUACGGCCUCGACAAGAAGGCCGGCAGCACCGGCGAGAAGAACGUCCUCAUCUUCGACCUCGGCGGCGGCACCUUCGACGUCUCCCUCCUCACCAUCGAGGAGGGCAUCUUCGAGGUCAAGGCCACCGCCGGCGACACCCACCUCGGCGGCGAGGACUUCGACAACCGCAUGGUCAACCACUUCGUCCAGGAGUUCAAGCGCAAGCACAAGAAGGACAUCAGCGGCAAUCCGAGGGCGCUCCGCCGGCUGCGCACCGCCUGCGAGAGGGCGAAGCGGACCCUCUCCUCCACCGCGCAGACCACCAUCGAGAUCGACUCCCUCUACGAGGGCAUCGACUUCUACGCCCCGAUCACCCGCGCCAGGUUCGAGGAGCUGAACAUGGACCUCUUCCGCAAGUGCAUGGAGCCGGUCGAGAAGUGCCUGCGCGACGCCAAGAUGGACAAGAGCACCGUCCACGACGUCGUCCUCGUCGGCGGGUCCACGCGCAUUCCCAAGGUGCAGCAGCUCCUCCAGGAUUUCUUCAACGGCAAGGAGCUCUGCAAGAGCAUCAACCCCGACGAGGCCGUGGCGUACGGUGCGGCGGUGCAAGCCGCGAUUCUGAGCGGCGAGGGCAACGAGAAGGUGCAGGACCUCCUCCUGCUCGACGUCACUCCUCUCUCCCUUGGCCUCGAGACCGCCGGUGGCGUGAUGACCGUUCUCAUUCCGAGGAACACCACUAUUCCCACCAAGAAGGAGCAGGUCUUCUCCACCUACUCCGACAACCAGCCCGGCGUCUUGAUCCAAGUCUACGAAGGUGAGAGGGCGAGGACGAAGGACAACAACCUCCUCGGCAAAUUCGAGCUGUCCGGCAUCCCGCCCGCUCCCCGCGGCGUGCCCCAGAUCAACGUCUGCUUCGAUAUCGACGCCAACGGCAUCCUGAACGUCUCGGCCGAGGAUAAGACCACCGGGCAGAAGAACAAGAUCACCAUCACCAACGACAAGGGCCGGCUGAGCAAGGACGAGAUCGAAAAGAUGGUUCAGGAGGCGGAGAAGUACAAGGCGGAGGACGAGGAGCACAAGAAGAAGGUCGAGGCGAAGAACGCGCUCGAGAACUACUCUUACAACAUGAGGAACACGAUCAAGGACGAGAAGAUCGCGUCCAAGUUGCCGGCCGACGACAAGAAGAAGAUCGAAGACGCGAUCGAGGGGGCUAUUAGCUGGCUGGAUAGCAACCAGUUGGCCGAGGCCGACGAGUUCGAGGACAAGAUGAAGGAACUGGAGAGUAUUUGCAACCCGAUCAUUGCGAAGAUGUACCAAGGCGCUGGCGCCGGCAUGGCUGGAGGGAUGGAUGAGGAUGGGCCGGCUGCGGGCGGCAGCAGCGGCGCGGGGCCGAAGAUUGAGGAGGUCGAUUAAAGCGUGUUCUGAGUUGGGUGCAGCUCUUCUUUCUGCAUUAUUAUCAUUGUGUGGGGUUCGUCCGCAUUGCCUUUGUUGUCCCCCUUUCUGUUACGAGCGUCUGUUGCGUUUUUUUUUUUUUUUUUUUUUUUUUUUUUUUUUUUGACUAGUUGAAGAUGAUGGUCGGGUGGAAGUAGUAUCUCGGUAUAUUCUUAGUUUUGGGUGCAACCGAAUCUUCGGUUCAGUAAGAAUUUGCUUUUUUCCUUACUUUUCUGUCUCUUUCUUUCAAUUUUCACUCAACAGUAACCGAGUGAGGACUUGAGAAGUGCGUGGCGAGCACAGGUUAUGGCUAUGCCUACUGCUUGUUUUA